AUGAUGGGGAGUAACUUUUCACCAAGUGAGGAAAAACUGCUUAUUUGUCGUUUCCUCCAAAGAGGAUAUGACUCCACAAGAUCCCAAACUGACAAACAACGGAUCGUAAGCUCCCUGAGAAAGAAGCUACUGAAGGUCCAUGGACGCAGCCAUGAAAAAAUGGCAAUUGUAAAAAAGUGGUCGGACCUGAAACGCUGGAACAUGGCUCAGGUCCGACAUCUCGGGGAAAAAUUCCACCCAGGAGCGCCUCAACCAUCUGUGCGCCCCAAGCGUACAAUGCGACAGGCCGAGGAGGAGGAGAAAGAGGAGGAGAUGAUGGAGGAGGAGGCGCAGGAGCAGGAGGAGGAGGCACAGGAGCAUGAGGAGGAGGCGCAGGAGCAGGAGGAGGAGGCGCAGGAGGAGGAGGAGCAGCCAGGGCCCUCCCACGGUGGCCAAAACCACUCACCACCACCACCACAGGAUGAAGAGGAGUGGGAUUCCUCCACAAGUUCUGUAGCCUACACUCCAAUUCAGGAGAUUGUCCAACAAAUUAAUAAAAAAAUAAAACUAAUGAAGAGGGAGCACAAGGAGGACAUUUGCGACAUACAUUGCAAAAUAAGAGUUAUGGAGCAGAAACUUGAGAGAAGAAUUGCCGAGAUUGAAAAUCUUCUCAACAAGUUGGGAUAG